GGGGAGGGUUUACAUCGCGGCAAAGUUCCCGGAUGGUCGCAGCCUCCCGGCGCUGGGAGCUUUUCCUGCCCUGUCGGCUCAGCCCUACAGACUCCGGAGAAGUUUCCCAGGGGGGGAAAAAAAAAUGCCCGGCGCGCCGCGGGGCCCUGGAGUCGCCUGGAGCCGCUGCGUGGAGAUGAUGCCUUUUUCAGGGAUGGUUUUCUCUCAGGCUCCUAUCUCGCUUGCCCUGUCUCCUGUAUCCCUGAACAUGCCUUCCACCAGUAUCUUUUAACGGGCAAAACUGGGAGUCGGACGGUGGCGCAGCGGGUUAAGCGCACGUGGCACGAAGCACAAGGACCAGCUUAAGGAUCCCGGUUUGAGCCCCCGGGUCCCCACCUGCAGGGAGGUUGCUUCAUAGGUGGUGAAGCAGACUUAUCAGCAAGACUGUUGAAAGUAUAACUGUCCAAGAUGCCUGUCCCACCACCCCCAGCACCCCCACCUCCACCAACAUUUGCUCUGGCCAAUACAGAAAAACCUUCCUUGAAUAAGUCAGAGCAGGCUGGGAGAAAUGCCCUUCUCUCUGACAUCAGCAAAGGAAAGAAACUAAAGAAGACAGUUACCAAUGAUAGAAGUGCACCAAUAUUGGACAAGCCUAAAGGAGCUGGCGCAGGUGGUGGAGGAGGUGGCAGCAGUGGUGGCGGUGGUGGUGGAGGCGGCAGUGGAAGUUUUGGAGGGGGAGGACCUCCUGGUCUGGGAGGACUGUUCCAGGCUGGAAUGCCGAAGCUAAGGUCCACGGCCAACCGGGAUAAUGAUUCUGGAGGAGGCCGACCCCCAGUAUUGCCGCCAGGAGGAAGAUCUACAUCGGCCAAGCCUUUCUCACCCCCAGGUGGCCCAGGGAGGUUCCCUGUGCCUUCUGCGGGCCACAGAAGUGGGCCCCCAGAGCCUCAGAGGAACCGAAUGCCUCCCCUAAGACCUGAUGUGGGCUCAAAGCCUGACUGUGUCCCCCCUCCAGUACCUAGUACACCAAGACCUAUUCAAUCAAGUCUGCACAACCGGGGGACCCCACCAGUGCCAGGGGUUCCCAGGCAGCCCAACCCUGGACCUACGCCUCCCCCUUUUCCUGGAAACAGAGGUGCUGCUUUUGGAGGAGGCUCCAUCCGCCAGAGCCCCUCAGGCUCCUCCUCUGCCUUCUCCAACAGGCCUCCCCUUCCCCCUACCCCCAGCAGGUCCUUGGAUGACAAGCCCCCACCUCCGCCUCCCCCCAUGGGCAACAGGCCCGCCAUCCACAGGGAGGCCUUUCCUCUCCCUCCCCCUCAGAACAGCAAGCCCCCAGUACCUUCCACUCCCAGACCUUCCUCCUCACAGGCCCCGCCACCCCCGCCACCACCCAGCAGGCCUGGCCCCCCACCCCUGCCUCCAGGUUCCAGUGCCAGUGACGAAAUCCCAAGGCUGCCACAGCGGAAUUUGUCUCUCUCUUCCUCGGCACCUCUCAUACCUGCGUCCGGACGCUCUGGCCCUCUUCCUCCCCCGCCCAGUGAAAGACCCCCUCCUCCAGUGAGGGACCCGCCGGGCAGAUCAGGCCCUCUUCCACCACCUCCUCCAAUAAACAGAAACGGCAGCACGUCUCGGGCCCUGCCUGCCACCCCUCAGUUGCCGUCUAGGAGUGGACUAGACAGUCCCCGAGGUGGACCCCGGCCUCCUCUUCCUCCUGACAGGCCAGGUGCUGGGGUGCCUCCCCCACCUCCACCAACAACAUCAAUUAGAAAUGGCUUCCAAGACUCUUCAUGUGAAGAUGAGUGGGAAAGCAGAUUCUUCUUCCAUCCAAUUUCUGAUUUACCACCUCCAGAGCCAUAUGUGCCAACAACCAAAAUUUAUCCCAGUAAAUUGGCAAGAAAUGAAAGCCGAAGUGGAUCCAACCGAAGAGAAAGGGGCGCCCCACCGCUUCCUCCUAUCCCGAGGUGAUCCUUGCCUGCGCUUCUCCACCCAGACCGAAGGCUACUUCUGUUCUUUCUGUCCGAGUUGUACACACCCUCCUCCACUUGUCUACCUUUACCCCUUUCAUAUUGACAGUGGGAGAAGGUAGGGAGAUGUGGCAAUCUAUGCGUGUGCGCAGGGUGGGAAUCCAGUGAAGAGAUACACCUAGCUUUUUAUAUUGUGUAUAUUCUCAAUGCUAUUGCUUGCUUCAGCUAUGGCCUGCCAGUGUGGGCUAUUUGGGGAUUCGCAGAUUUUUGUGGCAAGUAGGUAGAGAUGAAUUGUGUCCCAGCUUUCCAACAACCAAAUUCAAACACCCUCACAUAUACAGGUAUAAUGGUUAAGAAAGAAAGAGAGAGAGAGAGAGAGAAAGAAGAGAAAAGAAAAGAAAGGAAGAAAAGGAAAGAAAGAGAAACUCAUUAAUGCACUUAUUUGAGCCUUUAAUGAUUAAAGUCCCUGAGAGCUGCCUUUUUUUUUGUAUACUUGGCCUCCAGUCUGUUCCCAAGAACCACAGACCACCUAAGCAAGUUGCUGAGUGAAGGCUCAUACGAACAUUUAGUUAUAGGAUGUCCAAUCUUGGGCAGUCUGAGAUAGGCUCUAGGACAGAGCUAUCCAAUAUAAGUGUGAGCCACUUACGCAAUUUCUAAACUUCCAGUAGCCACAAUAGAAGAAAUAUGUGAAAUCCAUCUUAAUAUAUCUCAUAUACAAAAUAUUAUCAUUCCAGCCUAUAAUAAUCACUAUAGCAAUUACUUAUGAGAUUUGUCAUUCUUUGUUUUUGGUACGACGUCUCCUAAAUUCAGGGUGCAGUUUCUACAUAGAGAACAUCUCCAUUCGAACUGGCUACGUUUCAAGUACCCAACAGCUACGUGUGGUUAGUAUCUAGUGGCUGCCAUAUUGGACAGUACAAGUCUAGUGGAGAGAGGCUAGUGCAAAAACCUCUUGUUCAGAAAAGAAAAGAUAGAAGAUAGAAGGCAAGGUGAGCUUUAGUUAAUUCAAGAGGAAACUAAAAUAAAAUCAGGACCUACAUCUCAUUUGGCAGACAGUUUGGCAUUAGAUUCUGUUCCCUUGCUUUCCCUCUUCUCUUAAUGACAAUGUAAGUGUCGCUUCACAAUCCCAAGGUCAGAAAUUGUUCUAACAGAGUUUGCUGUCCUAUAGAACAAAGCCAUCAGAAAGAAAUUUAGAUCCAGACUGGGGCUUCUGAGCUCAGAACCACCUGGUUUGUGCAUUUACCUGUCAGUCGGACUCCUUCCAGCUUUGCGUGUUUGAAGCAGCUUCUUUCUUCUGCCACCCAGCUUGCUCCUCAGGGCGAGGAGGGUUGUAGGCACUGUAAUUUGGGGGUUUGGGGUGGGGUUUGUCUAGAAAAGUUAGCAACUGAGAAAUGUAGAUGAAGGAAACAGAUCUGUGUUGAUUAGGCAAAACUCUGCAGAUCUAAAGUGCAUGUGAAUGAGGUUGAGAGAGAGAAAACGGCUACUGGAAACUGAAGCGAACUUGCUUUGAAUCUGUCUUUUCUGAAGAAUCAUUUGCCUUGGGUCUAUGCAAAUAAAGCUCCACUAGUGGACCAUAGGGAAGAUCCAGUCUUGCCUUUUUUAUAUGACUUUGUUUACAAAACUUUUAUUGGGACUUUUACAACUAGCUAUAAAGCUGGAAAAAAUUUUCCAUUUAGAUAUUUUAUAUGGUUAUGUGUAAAAUUACUGUUAUUUUUUUAAAAGCACAUGACCACAUAUGUAUAUCUACCUAACUGUGUAUCAUGAUUUUAGUGUACUGUUUGUCUAUUACUAGGAGAUGCAAAUAAGAAAUCAAUCCAAAGAAAUUUUUGAAAGACGCAUUCCUAUUUAUAGAAUAACGGUUUCAUGUCUGUAAAAGCACAAGGACUUAGAAUCCUAAUUAAUGCACUAUCUAAUAAAUUAUGUAGUUGAUGAUUUGAAUAUACUGUAUUUUUAUAACUUUCCUUACCUAAGUUCUGGGUUUAGUACAUUAGAGAACUUAGUUUUUCCCUCUCUCCUCUGCAGGUACAGUCCUAAAAUGUUGUUUUGUUUUGUUUCGGUUUUAAGAAAAAAGGGUCACAGCUCAAAGUUGCCAUUUACCCAUUGUAGAAUGCUUUAGAAUGUAUCGUCUAGGUGAAUGCUUCAUCGAUAAGCAUACACUCCUUCUUUGAAAGUUUGCAACUAAAUUGCACCCAAAGUAAAUGCUAUCUCAAAUCUUCAACUAUGGAAUAUCAUAUAAGUGAAUAUUUUAUUUCCUGAAAUCAGAGCUUGCAAGUGCUUUUUUUUCCCCAUAAAAUUUUCUGAUAAGUGUAUUCAAGAUGCAAUACAGUGUUUUAACAUUCACAUAUCAUUUUAUAUUGAAAUGUAUUACAGUAUUAAAAUUCAGUGUUCAGUAUUUAUUUCACUAUGCAUUUUAUUUAGUAAAAGCUGAAAAAAGUGUUUAAUCCAAUGGUGCCUUACUUUGUGAUUUGAAAGAAAUCGAUUUUUUUUAUGUCUAAGUAGCAGAUUAUUUGCAUUUUUGUAAAAACUGUGAGGCCUUUAUCACUUAACUUGUAAUGCCAAUUUUGUUAUUUUAGUAGCAGGAAUAUGGGAUGAUUGUUAAAGUGCCCAAAAUUUUUUGGCAUGAAAUAGGUCUUUCCCUGCUUAUGUAAAAAAAAAAAAAAAAAAAAAAAGACUGUAAAUGAAAAGUGUUUUACAUACCACUGCACGAUGUAAACAUGCACAUUUUGGUAUCUACGGCAUCAGGAUAGUUUAAAUGGUGGGGUAGAGUCUACUCCACACAUCUGGGGUUUUGUAAGUUAGCCAGCCAAUAAAUAAAAGCAAAAUAUGAGUGUCAA